CGAAGAGGAAACCGAAACCGCCGCGAGCGUGGGACCCACGGAGAUACGCGUUGCAAAUUCAUCUUCACAUCUGAUUCGGGUCCUCUUUUGAUUGCGAAAGUCCCCAGCUGUCAUGUUGAUACACUGUAUGAAAAUGAAUUUUGCAGGAUAUCACUUUUGCACGCACAAUAUUCACAAUCAACAGCCAUCAGCAUAGAUGAAGCAAACGAUAAUUUUCGCGGAAGAAAAGCUAUUGCAUGACCCAAAUCCCCAUGUAUUGCAUUUGCACUGGAUAGCAGAAAACCGAAGACGAUUCGUCUGACAAAGGGAAGGGAAAGAAAGGCAAGAAAGGGAAAAAAGGCAAGAAGGGGAAGAAAGGGAAAAAAGGCAAGGGAAAGAAAAGAGGGAAGGUAUGCUUUGCAAAAGUGGUUGUUCUUACAGUAGACUAGAUGCAUGUUUUUGCGCAGG